GCGUCCGCGGCGAGCAGCAUGGAGGUGACAGACCGCAUCGCGUCCCUGGAGCAGCGCGUCCAGAUGCAGGAGGACGACAUCCAGCUGCUCAAGUCAGCUCUGGCCGACGUGGUCCGGCGGCUCAACGUCACCGAGGAGCAGCAGGCCGUCCUUAACAGGAAAGGCCCGACCAAAGCAAGACCACUGGUGCAGACCCUGCCUCUACGAACCACCGUCAGCAAUGGCACCGUGUUACCAAAGAAGCCAUCUGGCUCCCUGCCCUCGCCCUCUGGGGCCAGGAAGGAGACGAGUACCCCAGCCACCAAAAGAUUAAACAGGUCCGUGAGCCUUCUCAGUGCAUGCAAACUGAAUAGAUCGUCACCCAGCUCCAUCAAACGGACCAGCUCUUCUGAACGUGUCUCCCCUGGGGGCCGGAGGGAGAGCUACGGGGACCCCAAAGGAAACCGCAAUCGGACGGGCUCCACCAGCAGUUCUUCCAGCGGCAAGAAGAACAGUGAGAGCAAACCCAAGGAGCCUGUGUUCAGUUCAGAGGAAGGCUAUGUGAAGAUGUUCCUUCGCGGACGCCCUGUCGCCAUGUACAUGCCCCGAGACCAGGUGGAUUCUUACAAUCUGGAAGCAAAAGUGGACCUUCCCACCAAGCGCCUGAGACUGGAGUGGGUCUAUGGCUACAGGGGCCGAGACUGUCGCAACAACCUGUACCUGCUCCCGACGGGCGAGACGGUGUACUUCAUCGCUUCGGUGGUGGUGCUCUACAACGUGGAGGAACAGCUGCAGCGUCACUACACCGGCCACAACGAUGACGUCAAGUGCCUAGCAGUUCAUCCUGACAAGAUCACCAUAGCAACAGGACAAGUCGCUGGUACUUCUAAGGACGGCAAACAAUUGCCCCCACAUGUGCGCAUCUGGGACUCCGUGUCAUUGAAUACACUGCAUGUCCUUGGAAUCGGGUUCUUCGACAGAGCUGUCAGCUGUAUCGCGUUCUCCAAGUCUAAUGGCGGCAGCAACCUGUGUGCGGUGGACGACUCCAAUGACCACGUGCUGUCCGUGUGGGACUGGCAGAAGGAGGGACGGCUGGCCGAUGUGAAGUGUUCGAACGAAGCCGUGUUUGCUGCAGAUUUCCACCCCACAGACACCAACAUAAUCGUCACCUGCGGGAAGUCCCACCUCUACUUCUGGACGUUAGAGGGGAGCUCCCUUAUCAAGAAGCAGGGGCUCUUCGAGAAACAAGAAAAGCCAAAGUUCGUGCUGUGCGUGACUUUCUCUGAGAAUGGCGACACCAUUACCGGGGACUCAAGCGGCAACAUCUUAGUCUGGGGAAAAGGUACAAAUCGGAUCAGCUACGCCGUGCCGGGGGCCCACGAGGGAGGUAUUUUUGCACUUUGUAUGUUGAGGGAUGGCACACUGGUGUCGGGAGGCGGAAAAGACCGAAAACUCAUCUCUUGGAACGGAAACUAUCAAAAACUUCACAAGACCGAGAUUCCGGAGCAGUAUGGCCCCAUCCGGACAGUGGCUGAGGGCAAAGGGGACAUGAUCUUGAUCGGCACAACUCGGAACUUCGUCCUCCAGGGCACUCUGACCGGGGACUUCGCGCCCAUCACUCAGGGCCACACCGACGAGCUCUGGGGACUAGCCGUCCACGCGUCCAAGCCGCAAUUCUUGACCUGUGGCCAUGACAGGCACGCCACCCUGUGGGACGCGGUUGGCCACCGGCCCAUCUGGGACAAAGUCAUCGAGGAUCCAGCUCAGUCUUCUGGUUUUCAUCCUUCAGGGUCUGUGGUUGCAGUUGGAACACUGACUGGCAGGUGGUUCGUGUUUGACACAGAAACAAAGGACCUGGUUACCGUUCACACGGAUGGAAACGAACAGCUGUCUGUGAUGCGCUACUCACCAGACGGGAACUUCCUGGCCAUCGGCUCCCACGACAACUGUAUCUACAUCUACGGAGUCAGUGACGCUGGAAGGAAGUACACACGAGUGGGCAAAUGCUCGGGUCAUUCCAGCUUCAUCACUCACCUGGACUGGUCUUCAAACUCGCAGUUCCUCGUGUCGAAUUCCGGGGACUACGAAAUCCUCUACUGGGUCCCCUCUGCUUGCAAGCAGGUGGUGAGUGUGGAGACAACGAGGGACAUCGAAUGGGCCACGCACACCUGCACGCUGGGCUUCUGUGUGUUUGGAGUGUGGCCAGAAGGCUCUGACGGGACCGACAUCAACGCCGUGUGCCGGGCCAGCGAGAAGAAGCUCCUCGCCACGGGUGACGACUUCGGCAAAGUGCACCUCUUCUCCUACCCCUGCUCCCAGUUCAGGGCACCAAGCCACGUGUACAGCGGCCACAGCAGCCACGUCACCAAUGUGGAUUUCCUGCACGGUGACAGCCAUCUCAUCUCCACAGGCGGCAAGGACACCAGCAUCAUGCAGUGGAGGGUCAUCUAG